GGUUGUCAUGUCCACUGGCUAUCGACUUUUUGUAGAAGUUUAUUAUACUCGAAUUCAAUUUCAAUAGUCGUUUAAGUUUCGAAAUGUGAAAUAAAACUUGGUGGGAACAUUGUGUCGAAUAAAAUUACUGCUGUGGUACUUUUUUGGCAGCUUCUAAUAUUAUUUUCCGUCAUGUCGGAUCGUUCUAUAGCCUCCCGACCUAGUCUGGAGCAGGUGGUGGCAAUUGUAGACUUCAUGGAAAAACACCAAACUCUGGGUCUUGGGUUAUUGCGAGGACUGGAAGGGCGGGAGGAGAGCAAGAAGUUAUGGUUCCAGCUUACUAGGAUAGUUAAUGGCAUAACUGGACCUACAAGACCUAUGAAAUCAUGGAUUAAAUAUUGGGCCGACAAGAAAUCCACUGUAAGGAAUAAAGUUAUCUCAGGCGGAGGUGAUCCUAACAGCUUGUGUUCCAAUAUUGAGAAGAAGAUAUGGGACUUGUUUCUAGCAAGUGAUGUAGGUAAAUCUACUAAGUCCCGCAGUUCAGUAAAGCAGGAGUCCCAUUUUGUAGAUGACAACUUUUUCAAUGAGGACAGUAUGGAGCCAAACCAUAUUGAGUCUGAACCAGUACUAGCCUUUGAGGAGCCUAUGAUGGAUAACGAGGAGCGCCAAGUAGCUGUCAUGGAGAAAUUAGUAAAAGUGAUGAGCGACCAAGCUGCGGCGAUGUCGCAAAUGGCGCACGCCACCCUAGUCAACUCGCAGGCCAUGGAGCGGUUAGCGGAGUCCUCUCAUAUACAGGCGCGAGCACUGGAGCGGCUAGCGUCCACGUUCGGGAACAUAGCGGGCGCGACGCACGACAUCAGAGGCUCCAUCGUCGACAUCGACUCCACCAUGAAGAGGUUCUACUCCACGUCGCCGACGUAGCACAGGUAUUUGUGAGAUAGUGCGCCGAGGACUAUCAUUUACUACUCUAGUCAUAACUUAAUUAGUCCAUGUCCACUGACAUAUUACUAUAUGCGUGGGUGUAGUAUUUAUAGGUGUAUUGGAACGGCGCUAUUAGUUGUUUAGUAACUGCAUUGUUUAACUUUAAGGUCAUGUUACUAGAAUCUUAAAAUAAGAUUCUGAAUAACUCUAUGGGCUCUGAUUAUUACCUAUGGUCGCUUCUCUCUCUCUCGGGUUAUCGGCCCUCCUAACAUGUUUCCAUUCGACUCUCUCAAAAGAAUCCUUAUUCCUCAGUCAGAGUGUUUGCAGAUUUCUCCACAUUUUGGGUGACCUUUGGGUUGUUUUCAUGUCUAUAUGUCUAUAUCAUUAGAUAGGUAUAAUAUUAUUGUCUAUAGUCACUUAAAUAUUUCUUUCAUCAUAGACAAUUCAAUCUCAAACCAUAGACGUUAAGCAGAGUUCAUAGACAUUCGGAUUCUUACACAAUAUGCUAUUAUCAGUAUUAUCACAAAUCGUGUACAAAUGACAAAACUCGUUGGGCUUGCUUGUUAAAGUAAGUUUAGUUUAGGUACCUAAACUAAAUGUGGUAUUUUCUAUAAAAAGUUACCUUAUUGUCGAUGGCGCUUACGCCAUUAUAAACGAUGCUCCGAUAUAAAUACAAUGCCGCGCGACGCUGUGCGGCGUAAGCGCCAUCGACAAUAAGGUCCCUUUUCAUAGAAAAUGCCCCAAAUAAUACCUACUGAAUAUCACUGAGUUAUUAUUACUAUAGAGACGACAUACCAAACAAUGAAAUUGUCGCAAUCACACCUGUACCACGCGACAGAAACCUCGUAAGCGCCGUAAAAUUCAUGGCGCACGCGUGAUGGUCGCGAGAUUCACGCUCCGCUUCUAUGGUUUGAUGCCAAAACGGCAGCAACUAAUGGCGCAAUAUACUGUGGUUCUCGGUGCCGGUUCUAUACGCUAGUAAUAAUAGUUCUAUGCUGAAUAUAUACUGUGAUAGGCCAGUUGUUUAGGUAAGCAUUUUAAGUAUAUUUAUUUUCUCUUUGAAGUAAGGAUAAUUAUGUUUUGCAUUGUGGCUAAGUAAAAUAGUCAGUCGUCGAGUAAAUACUCAAGAUAUGGUGUAUCACAAUUGAAGUGGCUUCGAAACUAUUUUAAAUUCCUAAGUAGGUAUAUAUUGUUAAAAAUUGAAUGCAUUAUUAUUUAGCAACACAUUGAUUUAAAAUUGAGUGGUACUUUUUACAUGCGUACAAACAGCAACCUUAUGCCUUUUGUAAUAAGGUCUACCGGUAGACAGUUAACAGCAGCGGUUCAAUUUGUACUGGUUAAUGGUUAAUUGCAAUUAACGUUCGGCCAACACUGGUUAAAAGUGUGGACACUGGUACUACCAAAGAGAAUAUAUAGGAUAGAGGGGGUACCUUAAUAGUAAAUUUUGUAGUAACAGUAAAUUUACUGCCAUCUAUCGACACACGAUUAAAACUAAAAAUAAACAUAUCAAGAAAUGUGACCCAUGUUCUUUCACUGAUAUGUGUUAAAAUUGUUAAAUAACAAACGAAACCGUCAGCGCCAUCUAAACGAGAAAAGACCAAAGGUUGGUAUUGAUGGUAGCGCCAUCUGUGCGAGAAUCAAAUUUUCUUGAUCUCCGAGGCACGUUUUUUCCUUAGACUUUAUUCAUCUUAUACGGUGUUAUAUAGGUCUUUGGUACUACAUAAAAAAAAAAAUUGGCCGAUAUACCUGAUUGUUCGUUUUUGGCUAAAGCAGAAUUUCUUGUUAAAAUAGUUGUUGUUGUAUUUAUUUAUGCAUUUUAGCCCAAAUGUACACUCAUUCUGUAGGUAGCUAUACAAUAUACAUAUAGUUAUUUUCUGUUCAUAUGUUACCUUAAAAUCUCGUUUCGAGUUAAACUAAACUAGUUUUAUCAAUGCCUUGGUUAUAGUUACUUUGACCUGUCAAAAAUAGAUUUAGCAAAAUGCUUUAGUGAAACCUAAAAUGGACUAUUUUUUUAAACCAACUUUAGUUAAAAAUAGUGUUGAUUAGUCAGCACAAUAACACAUUAAAUUAAACUGAUUUAUUUAAUAUAGGUAAUAUAAUAAAAUACAAAAAGUCUGUUUUGGUUCGCUGUUUGUUUAAUCUAAAACGCUCAUCCUCGCUUCGGUGAUCGCCGCACCCUUUCUUUAGACUCUGGUAGCACACCACGGAAAGUGAAUUGCCUAGUUAGAACUACUUUUAUGUGAAAGUCGCUGCGCGGGAACUCGUGCGUUCUGGUCUCUUGCCAAAGCUAUCCAGGGAAAUUUCUGCACGCCAUCUUUUCCGCCUCUGCACAUGGGAAAUGAUUCAUUGGCCCACGACGCAAAAGGCAAAGCCGAUCUUCUGGGUAAACUCUUUGCGUCCAACUCGACUUUGGAUGAUGGGGGAUACGCGCCGCCGACCAUACCGCGGUGCGAGAGCUGUAUGCCGAAUGUCCGGUUCAACCAAAGCUCAGUGAGUAAAGCACUUUUUUCCCUCGACACUCAUAAUUCGAAGUGGGCCCGAUGGAAUCCCUGCGAUUGUGCUGAAGAUGUGUGCAGUUGGCACCGGUCUUAACGCGUCUCUUUCGGGUCUCUUACUCUUCUGGCGUAGUCCCGACCUCGUGGAAGUCCGCUUUGGCGCACCCGUUCCCUAAAAAAGGCGACCGCUCAAAUCCGUCCAACUACAGGCCAAUAGCUAUAACCUUCCCUUUUCUCAAGAUAAUGGACUCCAUUAUCAACUGCCAGCUCCUUCGGUGCCCAGAGGACCACCAUUUGCUUAGUAAAAAAAUAAAAUAAAAAUAAAAUAAAAUUCAUUUAUUUCGGACGAUAUUACAAUCCAUAUUUUGUUAGUUACAAAUAUACUUAAAUUACUAUGUUAGUGCCUAAACUAAUAUGUUGGGAGGUCCAGUGCCUAAUUAGGGCACUGUCCGAUCUCCCUGCCACGACGGCCAGGAGACUGUGGCGGCUGUCGCGCACCCUACGGAGCGUCGCGGCGUAGCGCUUGCGCAGCGUCGCGUGGAAACCAUCCACAUGCGCGUCGGCGAACAUGCCCGACGCGCUGCAGAAUCGCGGCAGCCGCAACAGUACCCUGAACUCGUCCUUGUACUGUACACGCAUGGCAUUCAUAGAACACUGCGUGUACCUCGUCCACAAUACCGACCGACAAUACGGUUUCUGUAGAGGCCGCUCGGCUGAUGAUCUUCUAGUCUACCUAACACAUCGUUGGGCACAGGCGAUCGAGACAAAGGGUGAAGCAUUGGCUGUUAGUUUGGAUAUAGCAAAGGCCUUCGAUCGCGUUUGGCACAAACCACUUCUUUCGAAGCUACCAUCCUAUGGGCUUCCCGAAAGAUUAUGUGUAUGGGUCAGUAGCUUUCUAGCAGACAGAAGCAUAAAGGUCGUAGUUGACGGUGAAUGCCCAGACUCCAUGUCUGUGAAUGCUGGUGUCCCCUAAGGCUCUGUGCUAUCACCCACUCUAUUCUUUCUGCAUAUCAAUGACAUGCUGCAUAUCAGCGGAAUUCAUUGUUAUGCUGAUGAUAGUACUCUCGGGAAAAUGUCAUCGAGAGCCGGAACAAACUUGUGUCUGAAAGUGAGACUUCCCUAAAAAAAGUCUCUGGAUGGGGUCGACUUAACUUAGACCGUUUUAACCCUACCAAGACACAGGCUUGCGCGUUUACCGCAAGAAAGUUAAGAGUUUGUCGUGGCACCUCGUUUUGAGAGCACUCCCCUAAUUGCCGCAGCCAGUAUCGGAAUCCUUGGCGUCAACAUUUCGAGUAAAGUCUAGUUCCGCCGCCAUUUAGAGGGUAAGGCCAAUUAAAAAACGGUAAAAAACCGACCAAGUGCGAGUCGGACUCGCGCACAAAGGGUUCGGUACCAUUACGCAAAAAACGGCAAAAAAAUUACGUUUGUUGUAUGGGAGCCCCACUUAAAUAUUUAUUUUGAACAGAAAUACAUCAUCUGUGAAAAUUUCAACUGUCUAGCUGUCACGGUUCAUGAGAUACAGCCUGGUGACAGACGGACAGACAGACAGACGGACGGACAGUGGAGUCUUAGUAAUAGGGUUCCGUUUUUACCCUUUGGAUACGGAACCCUAAAAAAGCUCGGUGUGCUCAACAACAGAUCGACACAGUAUUUCACACCGGCCCACCGCCUACAGCUUGAUAAGGCGCAGGUUCGCCCGCACAUGGAAUACCUACUGUUCUCAUAUAUGAUCACCCCAACUUCUUCCUAUGGACCGCAUCCAACGAAGAGCGACUCGAAUUGUCCUUGGCGCUGCGGCCUACGGCGUUUGUUGCAGGCCCGGGCCUUAGGGAUGUGGCCUCGCUCUGCAUUUUCUAUCGCAUGUAUAACGGGGAGUGCUCCGAGGAAUUGUUCGGAUUAAUCCCUGCCGCUUCUUUUCGCCAUCGCCCAACGUGACAACAUUUCCAUCUUCACCACUUAGAUGGUUGGCAGUCUUCAACUGUGCGUUUCUCCAGAAACUCCCUGCCUCGCACAGCUAAACUGUGGAAUGAACUGUCGCCUGCGGUAUUUCCGGACCGAUACGACCUUCAAACCUUCAAGAAAAGAGCGUACUCCCAUCUUAAAGGCCGGCAACGCACUUACAACCCCUCUGGUGUUGCGGGUGUCCAUGGGCGGCGAUAAUCGCUUACCAUCAGGUGAUCCGUCUGCUCCACGUCUGCUCGUUUGCCUCCUAUAUCAUCAUAAAAAAAAAAAUAUGAGCAGUGGUUAAUUCUAGUUUUCGUGUUUCGAGGGAAAACGUGUUCAACUCAAACGGGUAUUUACGGUAACAUAUUAAUAUGUUAUGUUAUGUCAUAGUUGUAAUGUAAUAGAAACUUCGAUUUGUAAUGUAAUUUAUUUAGUGUAACUUUCAUUUGGAUAAUCAUAUUAUGUUGCCAAAAUUUAAAAAUAUUUAGCCUUAAUUAGCUGUAAGGUAUAUUGUACGAUAUUGUAAAUAGUAAAGAUUUAUUAAAUGAAAACAAUUUUUUAC